GUAGGUUAAAGGUGCUUUUGUUACCGUUUGUUAUGGCUCUCCUAAGGGGGGCAGCCAUAUUAACAAGCGGGAUAAACGAACACCAAAAGCCUACCUCUAAAAGCCUUACCAUGUCAAAAAAGUGUUCCUCAUGCUCAUUAUGAUGAUUCCUGUUGAGAGUGAGAUGAGACGAGAUGCACGUUGUUCAGUAGAGAGACUGCUAUAAUGGGUACUGCCGUUGCACCGCACCGCACAUCACCUCCUCCUUGUCGGUCUUUCGAAAAUCCCAGCUUUUUCCCAUGGUUCUCCUUUUCCCCCUCUAAAGUUUUGUGCAUCAAAUCUACUUUUUCCGUUUGGUAAUUAAAUAAAUUUUAAUAUAUCAUGUAUGAUAAUUCUCAUUUUUGAAUUUUUUGACAUUUUGAUUCAAAUUGAAGAAGACCACUUGUUUCUUGUUUCUUGACGAUGAUGAUCCAUGACCCUAAAAACCAUCUCUGAAAUCCACAAAUUUGUUUUCAAAAUCAUGUCUCACUAGCGUGAUAAAGCGCAAAAAUCGGCAACCAACACGAUGUUGUUCCCUGCCCCCGUUAAGAGUUCCUCAAGCACGUCUGCAGGAGGUCGUGUCGUGACAUCAUCCGAAGCUACUUCGAGCCCGUCUCAUCUCCAGCAGUCCUCCAGCAUUUUCGUUCCAGAGGAAGACGAAGAAAGGCUACAAAGUUACAAUAACCGCAGGCGACUAUUUUUUGGUGCUUCGCCUUCGAUAAGUGGAAGUGAAGUCACGCCACGUGGAGGAAGUGGCGGAACACCUGCAAAAACUGGUAUUGGAGUUCUGCACAGAGUGGCCUCAGAAGAGUAUGACUUGCGCAACGCCCAGCAUUGGAAAAGGGCGUUUAAGCAAGUAGAGGCAGAGCGGGACUCCUUGCACGAGCAGGUAGGAGCUCUACAAAAGCAACUAAACUGCCUUUUGAAGAUCUCUGACGAGCAUGAUACACCAGGCGGGGGGAAAGAGGCAGGGGCACUACGAGAAGAAUUUGAAAAGUUACAUUUUGGCUUGCGACAGGCAGAAGAAGAAAAAGGAUUUUUCGACAAUGGUGUGGCAGACGAAGAGCUGGACACCGAUAGGGGACGGUAUCUUCGACAGCCUGACCCAGGACGACUCGAGCUACCGAGACCUUCUAAAGACGCAACAGGGGGAGUCGCUUUCAUCAAACCUCGGAACGAAUACGAAGUCGAUGAAGAUUUUUCUUCGUCUUAUCAAAUUGAGAUUUCAAACCUACGCCAAGAAUUGGAUUCGCAACGGCAUAUGCUUGAGGUAGAAGCGGAAGUGAAAAAACUCUUGCACCGAGAAAAUGGAGACCUUCGAUUCCGAGUACAAGCAUUGGAACGUGCAAAAACGAAGCAAGAAGCGGAGGAGAAUAUGUGUGUUAUUUGUUAUGAGAACGUGAAAAACGUGGUGCUCUUGCCUUGUAGACAUUUGUGCGCGUGCUCACUAUGCGCGAUCGAUAGGGAGAGUUUGGUCUUGCAAGGAAAAAUUGGAAUGCAACCGCUCGAGGAAGCAUGUCCAGUCUGUAGAGCACAAGUGACAGAUAAAAUUGUUGCUUUUGUUUAA